AUGGCCGGUAGGCCAAGCAAUACAACAUCUCCGGAAAGGGUGAAACAAACCGCUAUCGACUCUUUCAACUCCUACCAGUCUUUUAUUUUGACGCCCCAAGACCUAUGCUGGGUCGCGUUGGUCGUAGGGAUCCUGGCACACUCCGAUAAAUAUCCAGCAGAGUCUGUAUAUAAAGUACUCCAGAUUCUCUUGAGAGAAGCACAAAAUGACAUAAUACAAGGGGUGGACACGACAAAGAAUGCAAUGGGGGAUGAAAAUGAAGCAGAUAUGAGAUCAAACUUGUCCCAAUAUGUGAGGAUGUUCUGCCUCAGAAUGGAAUAUACUCAUGCAAGACUAGAUUACGAACAUGAGAGAUCCAGUCCAACUUCAUCAAAACAUGACAGGGUUACAGAAGUUCAAUAUAAUGGGAAGCCAGGCCAUGGGAUCGCCGUGGUUAGUCCAUCUGCAAUUGCUGGUCGAUUAGCACUGACCCUAAUAAAGCACAAGAAGUCGUUUCUAGGAAUACGACUGAGGCGUUGUAGAUUGGCAUAUCUCAAGCUCUCUGAGGCGGCACUUCAGCGUUUACAUCGGAGUUUUGUGCGAUGGCUCGAUGGUGUUCCCGAUGGAAACGACUUCAGUAACGACAUCGUGGAAAGACGUGAGUUCGCAUAUUUAGAUCCCAACUAUCUACUGAAAGAAAGAAAAGCUGGGUAUACACUUGUUAGAACCAGCAUAGACGAUUCCAGCCAUCCCAUCACAGAUGCGUAUGAAAGAUUUGAAUUUGAACAGCAUACUGGAAAUAUCUCAGGGGCCGUAGAAAACCUUCGAAGGUAUUUUGACCAACGAUUCCACAAUGGACGACAACCACCCAGGCAGCAUGCACUGAAUGCUCUUGCACACCAUCACUUUGCGACAGGAGACGUUGAGGCGGCUCGCCUAGUAUCUCCGCCCAUCUUCUACGAUGACACGGAUGGUCGCCGGGCACGUAAAGCGAUGGAGGAGCGAGAAAAAGUUGACUCGAAAUUGGAUAUCAAAGUUCCAGGGAAAUAUUCCGUAAUUCAAAUCGGAACAUCACCUCUUGACAUGCUUUUUGAUGUUCGGCUGGGAGUCAGGAAGCGAUUUGAAGCUACGGGGUGUUUGGAUGUUUCCCCAAGCUUGCCUCUCGCACCUUUGAAUACACAGUGGCAAAUUUGGGCCAUGGAUGCAUUAUUGUGGCGAUUGAGCGGUAAGAUAUAUCACAAUCUCAUUACCUAUUCACUAAAUAUUUGUCCUGUAGGUAUUUCGAAAAUAGCUGAUAUUGGGGACAAAAUCGUUUUGUCGAAUACGCGGAAAGGUGAAGACAUUAGACUAUACAGCAUAUGCACCAGAGCAAGGCGUUUGUUUCAAAAAGCGCAAUACAUGGCUGCGUUCGGGUUGUUAUUGUCCUGUGAUACGUGGAGCAGAAUGAAUAUGGCCCAAUACUCCUACUGGUCUUGCGAGAUUUGGCACCUGAUGUGGGACAUUGCAACCAGAAGAGGUCAAGAGAAGUUUAAGCGUGAAUACUUGGCAUCUCGCAAGCCCUCCUUUUCUCAAGCGGAUGGCUG